GCAUCUGGGUGCCCACUUCCCCUUCCGGCGAUGGUUGCUGCCUGAAAUCAAGCACCAGCUCGCGGCUCGUUUGUUUUGUUUUGUUUUGUUUGUUUGUUUGUUUUGUUUUGUUUGUUUGUUUGUUUACUUACUUCCUCACUCUCUCAUGUGUGAAGUUCGCUAAUGUAGCAGCAGAGCCACAGUAAUGCUCCUCCUCAGGGUGAACAGUGCGAAGAAGCUCAGGAUGAGCAAGAGAAUAACACGAUGGGGAUGAGAAUGAUGGUGAUACAAGGUGGUGGUGUAAGGAGGAUUAGGAAGAGGAGCACUGGAGGAGGAGGAGGAUGGUGAUGAUGGUGAUGGCGUGAUUAUGUGGCAUAUUGUUGUUGCGUGGGUUGCGACGUGAGGCGGAGGAGGGUUUGGGUUUUGGGACCCAUUGAUGAGGGAAUUGGAGUCGUUAUGGGGUUUGCUUUGAUGGGUGUGGCUCGUUUCUGGAGGUAGAGAGAGUAGGACAUUGGCGGAUCGGUGGCCGUGGUGCUGCUGGCGGCGACGGCGGUGGUGGUGGUAGUAGCGAGGUAACCAUGGCGAGCGGAAUGGCGGUCUUUCUCCAGGUUUUGUUUGCGUUUGUGUGCACGGUUGGGGCUUGUGGAGUGGCGCUGCAGCAUAUCUACCGCCAUCUGUGUAACUACACGGAGCCUAUCUACCAGCGUUACACUGUUCGGAUUAUACUUAUGGUGCCUGUCUACUCAUUGAUGUCAUUUUUGUCUCUGGUUUUACCCAAGAACGCUAUCAUCUUCGAUUCAAUUAUUGGAAUAUACGAGGCAUGGGUUAUCUAUAAUUUCUUAUCGCUGUGUCUUGCCUGGGUUGGCGGACCAGGGGAGGUUGUGACUAGCCUGACAGGAAAAGUAUUACAGCCUUCAUGGCAUCUCAUGACUUGCUGUUGUGCACCUAUUCCACUUGAUGGACGGUUCAUUCGGAGGUGUAAGCAAGGAGUCCUACAGUUUGUUAUCUUGAAGCCGUUGCUGGUUCUGGCAGCAUUUAUUCUUUACUAUAACAACAAGUACGAGGAGGGAAGCUUCUACAUUGGAGGAGGCUAUUUGUAUAUCACUUUAAUUUACACGAUGGCAUAUUCUUGUGCACUUGGGGCACUGGUUCUCUUUUACGUAGCCUGUAGGGAUCUUCUAACGCCGUACAAGGCUCUACCCAAGUUUGUUUUAGUGAAGUCUGUGGUUUUCUUAACGUACUGGCAAGGUGUGGUAAUAUUUCUUUUCUCAGAGGCUGGAUCUAUCGAGACUCCUCAGGAGGCCGCUAAUUAUCAAAACGUCCUGAUUUGUGGAGAGAUGCUUCUUGCUGCUUUUGCUCAUCUUUAUGCUUUUCCUUACAAGGAUUAUGCGGAGGCGAAUGUUGGAGGCAUGGAAAGUAAUGCAUGGCAGAGCCUAUUUCAUGUUCUCAAUCUAAUUGACGUGGUCCAUGACACAUUGCAUCAGUUUGCUCCUACGUAUCACGACUAUGUGCUCUACAGCAAUGAUUCCGAAGGUGCUCCGAAACGUUACCGAACUCGGACAUUUGUUCCUACUGGACAGGAGAUGGAAAAUGUACGUGCUGGGAAGAGUCCCAGGCAUUCGGACGCUAAGAACUCACCGAAGGACCUCUCGAAUGAUGAGUUUUCAGAGAUGUCUAUCCCCUCAGGGACUGCUAUAAAACAGGGAUCAAGUCAAGGUGGGAUUAUUGACAUGACUGACGGCCCCCUCAUUGAUGAUAUAGAAUUAAGGCGAUCUUAUGAUAUGUCACCGUUGGAGCCAGCUGUGAUUUCGCAUCAGACCGUUGAUGUAGAUUUGCCACCCGGCCAAGUUCGACCAGCUUAAUAAAAUGUCGUUUUAUACAACAUCAUGACCUCAAUACGACGCAACGGAGCACAGGUUGCAAACACCGAACAAUCACAUGAGGAAAGAAGUGGCUGUUCUAGUUCUUCUUACUACUGUUGUGCGAUCAUUGUAAAUGACUUUCUGAAAGAGGAUGCGAACAGGUCUACAGCUUAAUGUCGCUGUUGUGAAAGCAUUCAUCAAUUUCCACCGGUGCAGCAGGUGUCCGAGUGACAGUAGGUUAGUUUCUGUACACUACAGUUUUUGUGGAUGAAUGUCAAAUAGACAUCAGUUAGGAGCUUUGGGGGUUGGCCGAAAUCGGUUUGUAGAGAUUUGUAAUCAAAGAUGCGAGAGGCCGACAUGGUGCUACUCUACAUAAUAAAUUGCUUUUCUGAAGUCAUGAAUUGUGCA